AUGGACGAAUCUUCAUAUGUUCCAGAAUAUUUCUAUCCUACACAUCGUGUACCUGAUAGCCAUGGGCAACCCGUUCAAGGCUACAGUUUACCACCAACUCAGGGUUAUGCCGGGCAAACAACGACGGGGAUGGGAGUUCCCUAUCAAAGCACUACCCAGCCUAGUAUAGAGGCAACGAAUUUCACAGUACCGCCUCAAAGCACCAGUCAACCUAGUAUGGGGGCAACAAAUUUCAUAGUCCCACCUCAGAGCACCAGUCAACCUAGUAUGAGGGCAACGAAUUUCAUAGCCCCACCUCAAGCCACCUACCAGCCCGACCCGAGGGUUUACAAUCCCUACCAAACGAACUAUGGGCCAGGUCCUGUCCCACGCAGGCAUUCUCAACAUCUUCAUCAUGCACAACGUGAAAGGAGAUUGGCUACAUAUCCAUAUUAUAGCCCUAUUAAUACUGCGGUAGGCAACCAACAAGUCAACUACAGCUACAGCCAGCCAGGCUAUAUCGGACAACCGACUGGUAACCCCCCUCAAUCUAGUUGGCCUAUACGUCUUCCUAGUCAAUAUGGUCCACCCAGUACACCCAGUCUACCUAGGCAGUCUAGACAAUCUAGGAGAUCUAGGAAGCUUAAGAAUUAUCGCCAGGUCCAGAGGCAAACACAUUCACCGCCGCCCCAGUUGGAACUUCCAAAGCCUCCGGCACUACCUUCUGAGACCCACACAGCGCCACUACCGAAGACUGAGUCGGUAUUUUCAGAGGCCCAGAAAGUGCCACCGGAAUCUCAACAAGCACUGCCAACGACCCAAACGGCCCCAUCAUACUCUCAAACGAUACCCCCAGAGAACCAUACAGUACAACUAAAACCUCAACCGGCACCGUCAGAGACCCAGCCAUUGCCAUCAGACGCUCAGUCUGAACAACCAAAGGCUCCAGAGAUACCCCGUGAGCCCCUAGAUGAUUAUUUAACCGGGCUCAGUGCCUCCGAAUGGGAUGAUAUGUUCAGAUUUUAUGUGCAAAUUCUAUUGAGAUAAAGAUAUGCCCAAGGCUUAUCUUUUAUAUAUAGGAUAUUGUGUCAAAUGCGAAUAAAAAGAAAACUCCUAUUUGAGUUUGAGACAUGUGCCUUGCUACCUUAUAAAAAGGAACAAGAAAUGAAUAAAAGAAUGAUAAAAGACCUGGAAUAUUGUUAAGGUAUAAGUGGCUUAAGGGUAGACUCGGGGGUGGACUUAG